CUUCUGAGCGACGAUAUUGACAGCAUAUUAAGACAUUUUAAGUAAAACAAAUAAAAAAGUUACCUGUAAGUAGCCUAUCCCAACGUGUCAAAUAAAUGUAAUAGCGUGCUCUUGCAUGAACAGUGCAGCUGCCUGAGCCUAUAAUAUUAUUAUUAUUACCCCCAGAUUUACAGUUUAUUCCAAGCAUUAGGAGUGGAGAUGUUGGGAAAACAUUUCCUCUGGAUUUGUCUGCUUUCGGUGUCUUUUCCGUUAUUUUUCGCUGAAGAGCUGAAGAGGGAUGGGCAUAAACAACAUGAAAAUGAUUCAGUUUGGAGCCAAGGGAAACCCAGGAGACUGUUUGCCAGGAGACAGAUUUUGCCCCAUCAGGGACAACACUACGUUGCAAAACCCAAGCCUGAGCCUGCAGCUCCUGCCCGGCGGUGUGGUCGUCUGAUGGAGAGCUGUGCCCAUCACACCCCCUGCUGUGACCCCUGCGCCUCCUGCCGCUGUCGCCUCUUCAACACCAUCUGCCACUGCUGGAGACUGGGCCUGCACUGUCCCAAGAAGAACUAGACACACACACACACAACCACAACCAUUCACCACACACACACACACACAAACUGCACUGGCCCCAAGAAGAACCAGAGACCCCCUACAGGCAAACACACAGAGUCACACACAUACUACACACUCACACAAACGCUUACACUGAGUGUACAAAACAUUAGGAACAC